AUGGAAUCUAGUCCUCGAACAGCAUCUAUUAUUGUUAAUGAUCUUGAACAACGUCUUCAAAAUCUUCAUACAACACGUAUACAUGAUGAACAAACAUUAAAUAAUCUUGAAUCUCUUCUUAAUGAAUGUUCAAAUCAUUUAAAUUAUCUUAUUUCUUCAUCAAAUUCAACAUCAAUUGCAAUUAUUCUUCCAACACUUCUUCAUACAAUUAUAUCAUUAUCAAAAAUUUGUACAGAAAAAUCUGAUAUAAUUAUAUUAGGUUCAUAUUUAACACGUGAUAAACUUACAACAUUAAUAACAAUGACAAAAACAUUAUAUAAUCAAAUAAAAGGAUUUAUUAAAUCAUCUCAACUUAGUAUAAUUUUAAUGAAAUCAACACAACAAAGACAUUUUUGUGAACAAUUACGUAUUGUCUCAGAUUCAAUAGCUAAUAUAGAUAUUCUUACAACAUUAAUUUGUCAUAAACUUAUUGUUAAAUUAUUAACAGGUAAUGAUGAACAACAAUCACAACAACAACAAAUUGAAGAUAUUAAUGAUGGCUUAAUCAUUGCUGUCUAUGGAAGUAUAUUACAACGAAUGGCUACUAUUUCUUCAAGGAAUUUACCAGAUAAAUUAGAUAAUAAAGGAGAAUCACCAACUAUUAAGAUGUAUGGAAUUUAUUUUCAAAUGUUAUGUAAAUUAGUUCAAUACAAUAAUACAAUAUCUCAAAUAGAAAGUUAUCAAGAUUUUCUUCAUACAAUAUAUCAAAUACAUAUAUGUCUUGAAACAACAUGUCAACAAAAGAAUUUUCAAGAAGAAUUUUUUAGUAAUACAAUAUUAUUACAAGAAAUUUUACAAAAUUUUAUAUUUUAUUCAUUAAAAAAUUCAUCAAAAAUGUUUUUUAAUGAAUUAUUUUAUGAAUUAUCAUCUAAUAAAUAUAAAUAUGCAUCAUUAAUUAUACUUUUUCGUGUAAUUGAAGCAUUUGAUUUAAAUUUAACUAAACAAUUCAAUGAUGAUAAUAUAUCAAUAUAUCUUAUACAUCAUUUAAUUUCUUAUUUAUUUAAUUUAAUUGAUCAAUGUCGUAUACAACUUAUUUUACCAGCACUUCUUCCAAGAUUAUUUAAUAAAAUACAAGUUAAAUAUGAUGAUUGUCUAUAUGAUAAAACAUAUUCAAUAUUAAUGAAAUUAUUUAAUUAUAAUUCAAUGCAAACAAUUCUAUCAUCAAUGUUUAAACUUAUACAAAUAUCAAAUGAAAAUUCAUCAAUUAUAUUAACAUCAAUUCAAUUAUCUAGUGAAUUAAUAAUACAAUCAUGGUAUUUAUAUAAUCAAUUAAAUCCAUAUCAAUAUUUAUUUGGUUUAUUUCUUGCUGAACUUUUUCAUCUUAAUAUACAUAUAAAUUUAAUUAAUUAUUUAUUAACAAUACCAAAUAUAGAAAAAAUAAAAUUUUAUACAUAUGAUUUAUUUCUAUCAUCAAAUAUAUUUCAUUCAAUAUAUGAUUUAUAUUUAUUUAUAAAAACAAAUAAAUUAAAAGAACCAAUAAUUAAUUCAAUAAAUUUAUCAUAUAUAUAUCCAACAAAUAUUGAACAUCUUUAUAUAUUUAUACGUUUAUUUAAUAAAGAUUUAAAUAUAAAUCAAAUACAAUAUACAAUUGAUACAUGUAUUUAUUCUAUACAACAAUUUUUAUCAUUAACAUAUAUAACGGAAUUAACAUCUUUAAAUUUUAUAAUUAUUUUACGUCUUUUAUCAUAUUUAAUUAUAAAUAAUACAAAUGAAAUUUUUAAAUGUUUACUUGGUCAAUUAACACAAAUAUUUAUUCUAUUAGAUGAACAAACAGCAAAUGAUAUACGUUUAGAAUUAUUAAAUGUUUUUACUAUACAUUCAAAUAUAUUAGAUGAUAAUGAUCUUAGUAGAUUAUUAGAUUAUAUAUUAAUAAAUUCAAUUGAAACAAAUUCAAAUUCAAUUUCAUUUCAUAUUGGAUGUUUAAAUUUAAUUGAUUCAUUAAGACAACGACAAUCACGUAGUAUUAAUAUAAAUGAUCUUAUUAUACAAUUAAUUGUAAAAUAUGGAAAUGAAUAUCAAUGUAGUCAUUUACUUAAAGUUCAGCUGAUGCGAAUUUUCAUGGCAUAUAUAACCAAUGGCAAUGAUGAUUCAUUACCCAUACGAGUUAAAUCUCAAUGUGCACUUUUACGUGCUGAUAUUGAUGAAUUUGAAAAGAAUAAAAAAACAAUAGGAACAACAAAUAAUCAUUGUACAAAUGAAAAUAUACUUAAAAUACUUGAUUCCACACAACCAUCAAUGAUUACAACAGCAACAAGAAACGAUUUAAUAACAAAUGAUUAUAAUACUCAAUUGAAAUUUUAUCAAACAAUUGUUAAUGAACUUGAAUUUCAUCAAUGUUCAAUAUCACAAGAGAUUUCUAAUACAAUGCAACAAGACUAA